UUCAGCCACAAGUCUUUGUAUUUUAUUUUUAUUUAAAAUAAAAAGUCACACAAAUGAUAAAAUAUUUUGUUUUGGCCGUUUGGCUCCCUCCGCCAAAUUGACACUUUAUAAAAACCUUCUGUACUUUUUUCCCCCUCCCUCUCUCCCUCUCUACUACCUCCAAGAUGGUAGGAAAGUUGUUGUUUUGGAGGGCAGAGGAGCCGCUCUCUGAUGUUAUGUCCUCUCGGUGCCUGUAGUGGUGCUGUAGGAGGCUGCUGGCUCUCUUCUUGAGCAGCCCCAGCAGCCCUGCCUUCUUUGCUGGAGAAUAUAUUCAGGGAUUCCCCUUAAUAAUCACCUACCCUCUGAGCACUUUGUAGUUUUAAAAUAAUAAAGAGCCCCCAAAGCUUUCUCCCCACAAAAAGCAGGAUCUUCUCAGAGACAGGGGGGCAGCAGCUCCUCAGCACAGAGCCCGAGCACAUUCCCAGUCCCUCUGCUGGGGAGGAAACUCUGAUCUGUCAGCCCAACAGAGGGAAAGGGGGGAGAGGAGAGAGAGGAGGGAAAAAAAAGCAGCUGGAAAGGGAAAAGAACGUCUGGUAGUUGUGAAGUGAGUGCACUGGGAGACCCACCAACGCGCUUCACCCCGCACAGACAAUCUGCUUCAUCUUGGUUCAUCAUCAUUCCAGGAUAGUGGUGUCCUUGGGGCUCUCUCUUGACAUUGAUAUGGUACAGAAGAUUUAAAAUCAGCUGAUGUUCACAAGGAAUAGAGUCACGUGAUGUAUGAAGGCAAACACAUACACUUCUCUGAGGUUGACAAUAAGCCCUUGUGCUCAUAUAGCCCCAAACUGUGCAAGCAGAGGCGACUUAACGGCUACGCCUUCUGUAUCAGACACGUUCUGGAGGACAAGACUGCCCCCUUCAAGCAAUGUGAAUAUGUGGCCAAGUAUAACAGCCAACGCUGCACCAACCCUAUCCCCAAAUCUGAGGACCGUAGGUACUGCAACAGCCACCUGCAGGUACUUGGCUUUAUACCGAAAAAGGAGAGGAAGAAAAAGAAUGAUCCCAUAGAGGAGGUGAAGGUCAGGCAUCAGAUGGAUGCUAUGGCCUUCAGUCUGACAGUGCCCACCCUGGCCUUGAAGAUGCCCAAUGGACUGGAUGGGAUGUCCCUCUCCCCUCCAGGGGCAAGGCUUCCUCUCCACUACCUGGAGGCAGAAUUAGAAGACCCCUUUGCUUUCAAUGAGGAGGAUGAUGACCUAAAGAAAGGGGCAACAGUGAGGAAAAAGUUGCAGAGCAAGUUGGCUCAAAACCGGCAGCGCCAGAGAGAGACAGAGAUUUUAAAAGUUCGCCAAGAGCACUUUAGCCCCAUUCCUGCACCUUUGCAGCAGCAGCCUCUGCAGCAGCAGCACUCCCAUCUGCCACCUUCAUCAGCUUCGUUAAAGCCGACAGGGCUACCGCAGGGCAUCGUCUGCAAGUCACCUCAACCUCUGAACACCAGCCUACCAAUGCAGGGAGUGGCACCCACCACACACACUAUAGCACAAGCCCGGCAGUUGUCUAACAAGAGACCUCUGCCUCUCCUGCCACCCGCCAGGGCUCCUGUCACGGACCCACCAAGGACUGAUCGGGUCCUCAUGAAAGCCACAGCCUUCUCUCCGCACUCGUCCUGCAUGAGCCGGCUACAGAGACUGGUGAAACUGUGCACUCGAAAACAGCAGCUGGACACUGAUCUGUUUCCUCAUUUAGGGCUGGAUUGGUCUGAAGACAGUGGAGAAGAGUUGGAGGAUUCAGAGCAAACCUCCCCUUACCAGGUUGCAUGGUCUAUCCGAGAAAGCCUCGGCUAUGAGAGACCUGAGUCCGAUGAUGACAAUGCAGAUGACAGGAGUUCCAGGGUGACCAGACUUUGCACUUACUUUCAGCAGAAAUACAAGCACCUCUGCCGCCUGGAGCGGGCAGAAUCCCGUCAGAAGAAAUGCCGGCAUACGCUCCGGAAAGCCUUGCUGCAGGCGGCCAGCAGAGAGCCGGAGCGUGCUGGGCAGCUCAUACAAGAACUCCGAAGAGCUACAUGUGCUUGUACCAGUACAAGCCAAGUGAGGCAGAGAGAUGCAGAACCAACAACCUGCAGCGGGACUUCGAAGGGAGAGCAGUGCACUAACAAGGCCCUUCCAUUCACCAGGCACUGUUUUCAGCAUAUCUUAUUGAACCGUUCUCAGCAGCUCUUCUCAAGUUGCACAGCCAAGUUUGCAGAUGGUCAACAGUGCUCUGUGCCAGUUUUUGACAUUACACAUCAGACACCUCUGUGCGAAGAACAUGCCAAAAAAAUGGAUAAUUUCUUGAGAGGAGACAGCUCCCGUAAAGUUCAGCACCAGCAGCAGAGGAAACCCAGGAAAAAAACGAAGCCACCUGCACUUACCAAAAAACACAAGAAGAAGAGAAGGCGAGGCCCACGCCGGCCCCAGAAACCCAUUCCUCCUGCAGUGCCCCAAGGGAACCUCACCAUGCCUGCCAGUGUCUCACUGCCAGUAGAGAUACCCCACAUACGGAGCCCCUCCACACCAGAGCUGAGUGCUGAUGAGCUGCCUGAUGAUAUCGCCAACGAAAUCACAGACAUUCCACAUGACUUGGAAUUGAAUCAGGAGGACUUCUCUGAUGUCCUGCCGCGGCUGCCUGAUGACUUGCAAGAUUUUGAUUUCUUUGAAGGUAAAAAUGGAGAUCUCCUUCCAACUACAGAAGAGGCUGAAGAACUGGAACGAGCCCUACAGGCUGUAACUUCUCUUGAGUGCCUGAGUACCAUUGGAGUACUUACACAGACAGAUGGUGUGCCAGUUCAGGAGCUGUCAGAUAGAGCGAUAGGGGUGUUCUCUACAGGUGCUGGAGCUCCAGGAAUGCAGUCCUUGAGUCGAGAGGUUAACACGGAUCUGGGGGAGCUGUUGAAUGGGCGUAUAGUACAUGAUAAUUUCUCCGGUCUGGAGCUGGAUGAGAACUUGCUCCGUUCUGCUACCUUGUCCAACCCACCUACGCCCCUGGCAGGGCAGAUCCAGGGGCAGUUCUCAGCCCCAGCCAACGUUGGCCUUACUUCUGCCACUCUGAUAAGCCAGAGUGGCCUUGGGGAGAGAGCCUUCCCGGGACAGUUUCAUGGACUUCAUGAUGGCAGCCAUGCCUCCCAGAGGCCCCACCCUGCCCAGCUGCUGAGCAAGGCAGAUGACCUGAUCACCUCACGACAGCAAUACAGCAGUGACCAUUCACACUCCUCACCCCAUGGAAGCCAUUAUGAUAGUGAGCAUGUGCCGUCUCCCUACAGUGACCAUAUCACAUCCCCUCACACCACAUCCUUCUCUGGUGAUAAUUUGGCAGCUACCUUCUCAGCAGAGAUGCCCAUGAUGGCACAGCACUUGCUCCCAACUCAGCUGGAUGUGCCACUUAGCGGGGUGGUCAACCCCAGAACUCACUGGGGAAAUCUUCCUGUCAAUCUUGGGGACCCCUCUCCGUUUAGCAACCUUCUUGGUGCAGAUGGACACCUCCUGUCCACCUCCCUGUCCACACCACCUACCACCUCGCACUCAGAGACCACACAGCCUGCCUUCGCCACUGUGACCCCCAACAGCUCCACUGUGCUUCCGGGGUUACCGCAGACCAGUUUUAGUGGCAUGGGUCCUGCCUCUGCUGAACUCAUGGGCUCCACCUCCCCUAAACAACAGCUCCCUCAGUUCAGCGCAGCCUUUGGGCACCAGCUGAGCUCCCACAGUGGCAUUCCCAAGGACCUGCAGCCCAGCCACAGCUCCAUAGCUCCUCCCACGGGCUUCGCAGUGACCGGUGCCACCGCUACCAGUACCAAUAACGCAUCCGCGCCCUUCACCACCUCCAACUGAGCUUGUCUGCCUGGCUCCAUGCAGGUAGCAUCUGGCAUGGAAAACUUGGCUGCACACAUUGAUUUGAAAAUGGUGCGCUGAAGUCCUAAAUCAAGAUCAUGGUUCAAGGAUGAGUUUGGCAGUUUCUUAAAAUAGUCUCUUGACCUUCUCUGUGUGCGUGUGUAUGUUUGGGGUGCAGGGAGCAGAAUUCCUUUUCUUCUUUUGGUGAAGAAGUGGGAGUUGUCCCCUUCCAGAACUGGUCACUGUUCUUAUUGCAUGCUGAUUUGGGGUUUUUUUUAUUAUCAUGAUUUGUAAUUAAUUGAGUAGCAAAGGGAUCAGUUGACUGGUUGCCCAUCAGUUUGAAGGCUGAUAUGAAGAUAGCCCAGGGAAAAAAAAAGAAACAGGAUUGAAAUAGACCAUGGAUUCCUGAAGAUUCCUGUGCAGAAGUUCCCUUCCUUGCUGAAUUACUGUGGCCUUGUAGCAUUGACGAUUUGCCUUUUCAAUUGUGUCUUUGUCCAGAACUCUUUGCCUGACAGGCUAACAGGUAUUGCCCAGCUGAAACCGGAAGAAUUUGGUUGGUAUUCUCCCUGUCCACACAAGUCUAGGUCAGACCCUUUGCAAGUUUCAAAUGGAUGCAUUUCUCAAAAUCUGUCUAGCUAGUGAGACUUCCUUGGAUAGUUUUUAAUCCCCUGAGAGCCAUAUAGUUUUUUUGACAUGUGUAGGAUUUGAUCCUCUGUUUGGGAAGCUGAAUGUAUGUAAGGAACUAGCAGGUACCUAUCAGCAGUCAUGGCUAACCAAAAGAGAAAUCACUAAAGCAAAAUGGGUAAGAAUUCCUUCUGUCUGCAGGAUGGUUUUGUUUGUACUGAUCACCUGCUAAAGAUAGUAUUCAGACUCUUUGGUAGUAAUUUCAGUUCCUAAAGAAAGGAAUCAGCUAGGUUUUAGAAUUUUUUAAAAUUAAUUUUAUUUUUUAAUUUUACCUUUUUUAAACCAAGAGAUAACAACAGCAGAAAUUCUGAGGUGUUUACUUGCAUCUUCUUAUCAAGAAGGAGACAAAGGACUUUGCUUGUGACUCUGUAGGACUCAAAUUUGCUACUGUACUCUGACUUUGACUGUAAAAGUAGCUCUUAUUUAAUAUAACAAAUCUCUACUCUUAGUUUGUUUCUGAGAUGCAGAUGAGAGAAAAUAGAAUAUUCUUCAUUUCAGCCUUUUACUGUAGAAGACGGAUUUCAUUCUACCUUACAGGAAAAAGUCCUACCUACAUGUAUUGUAGUCUAUUUCAGGAAAUUAAGAGAUAACCAAGCACAUGUAAUAGGGAAGCCUAAUAAAUUUUUGGAGCAAAGGAUCAUUGACCGAAGUUUAGUUGCUAUAGAAAUUCAUUUUAUUAGCAGUCAGGCACACACCAAAAUCUCUGACCCAAACCUCUCCUUCCAUCUUCCUAAGGAACAGAAUUUAAAUGGGAUAGGUCUUGUGUCUUACUAUUGUAGCAAUCAUACUAUCCAUCUUUUCUUGAAAGAUCUCUCCUCUUUAAAUAUAAAAGAGCGUGGAUGAUGCAUAUGUCCUUUUCUGAAAUUGCAAGUGUAUGUGGGUGGAGGAAACAAAAACUAUUUUCAUGCUUCUGUUGUUAUGAAGUCAUUAUUUCAUACUUGGUAAUAUAGAUCUGAAUAAUAUAAGCUGAAUAUUUUUAAGUGGUGAUUUAAAUAUGUUUGUAACAUUUAAAUGUUUUUAAAUCACAUAAAAAGUUUAAUUGAAGCCUAUGAAAUCCUGCUUGUGAUUGUCCUGCUGAUUGAGGAAUUGUGAAUGAGGCAAAUCUGAUAAGGCUUUUAUUUAUUUUUGUGUUAUGUUACCCAUACUUUGUUGAGGAGACAACUGCUUGAUUUGCAAAUGAUUUUUGUUGUGUCCAUAUACCUUCUUCAGUUUGUUCAGAUGACUGAAAAAGAGUGGAGAUCUAGUAUACCAAAUAGUUUAUUCUUUAAUCUUUUUGUGCAUUCACAUAAUUUUAGAGGGUGUCAAUUCCUGUACAUUGGUUUCAGGAUUUUGGUCUUGAAAUGGUUCUUGUGCCCAUCAAACUAGUUCAGAGUAUAUUUGCCCCACAUCACAUUUCCCUUUCUUAGAAAAUGCUGCGGGGAAAGGGAGGAGAGGAACUGAGUGCAAACUUCUCCUUGGUCUCAUUGGUAUAAAAUACAAAGGAGCUUUUUCAUCUAAGGUCACCUUGAGUUUGUACUGAUCUAACUCAGAACAGAACCCAGCUCCUGAUCUAUGUGUUGAUCUAGACGGGAAUUUCAAAAGCUGUCAGAGGUAUGCAGGUCCACAAUUCCCAUUUGAAAUCAAUGGCCUUUAUGUACCUGCAUUUCUAUAAAGUAGCCUAGGAUAUCAACUCUCUUCCCCCACAUAGAUUUCCAUUUCUGUAUAUCCCUUGAUGACUCUUCAAAAGUGACUGCAUAACAUUUUUCAAUGAGCAAACUAAGUUUGCAAUAAAGCUGCACUUUUAAAAAUAAAUUUCAGUUUGUAUACAUUUGAAAUAGGAAUCCCUCUGUCCUGUUUGACGCAGUGUUCUGAAAUGGGCCACCACUCUUGCCUUUUUCUGGUUCACCUCUCAUUUUUUCAAUGCCACCAAUGUCACGGUUACAGCCUAACAAGCAGUUACGGGUCUUGAUCUUAGCUUUACAAGGUGGAUCAUUCCAGGUGGGCUUCUACACCCACACAGCCUGUUGACUUCAGUGCAUCAGUGUCUUACUGUUGGAUGCAAGAGAUCCAUUUGAGGGAUAUGUGCAGUCAGAGAUGUUUCAUAUCUCUUCCUCUGGGAAAUACUGCACAUCUGGUUAAGGUAGUCCUUGAGGCUGUUACUUAUGUGGUUCCCAAGUAGAAUCUAUGCUCCCUCACAAAGGUUUUUGAGUAUCAGCUCUUACAGCAAUUAGCACUCUCAUCACACUUUCACCAAAGAGCCAGUGUAGCAAUUUCAGUUCAUUGAUUUGAGAUGCUUAAUACCUGUUGUGCCCUUUACAUGUUAACAAAUGGAAUAAGUCUAGUUGAACCUAAAGGUCAAUUUCUUUACAUAAGAUUUGAGUUUUAAAGAACUGAAAAAAAAUUAGACAUAGAAUAGAAUAUGUAACAUCACUUUUGGCAAUAAUAGCACCUCAAUUAGUCUUUGUACAGAAGUACUUAACCCAGGAUGAAUUUUAGCAGUGUAUGGAGGCUUAUCAGGAACAGCUUCAUGCUGGCCUGGUGUUUAAGGCAUUCUUUACCAUACGCUUUGACGUUUUCUUUCACCUGGGAAGACUUUACACCAACUCUGAGGGGAGCCAUACGUGCUUAGAUAGCUCAAAACUGAUUUGUUCUUUGCCCUCAUAAUUAUUAUGAUACAAGAUGAUGUAUGUGUGAUGCAAGAAGAUGGAAAAGAUGCGUAAUUUUGUUUCCUCCUGCCUUCCAGUUCCUCCAGGUUCUUGCUUAGAUCCAUUCUUGUUAUAGUAGCAUGCUUCUCCCUAUGGUUGAGCACAUUGAUAAUGCUAAGAGGUAGCACAGUUGCAGGUCUGCCUCAGGUACUGUGGAGAAGAUGGCAAGAGCUAGGUUUCCCACUGAAAAUGGGGAUUUGCAGUUCUCAUUCGGAAAGCAUUGGAAAGCCCUGAGAAUCUUAUCACCUGCUAGUCAAAAAUCGGAAAAAAUCUCUCAACAACUCUCUCUCAAAGGAAAGUUGUACUAGUAGCAAAGAGAAGCUAAGGGAAGUGGCUUUUUAAUUUUUAAUUAUUUUUUUGAAGAGAAACAUGACUAUUGGGACAUUCUGUUGUGAGCAUGGUGUGAUGCCACUGGCUUUAGGCGUCAAGACAAAAAGCCUAGGAUUGAACCUGCAAACCAGUAGCCAAAUUCAGUUCGAAGCUUUGUUUUGCUGUAACCACAUCUAAAUAUAGUCUGGGAUUGAAUCUGGUUGCUAGAAGAGUCCUACAAAAGUGUACAAUAAACACUGGAUAGAUGUCUUCCCUGAGAAGCUGGCCCUAGUGGCUACCUACACUGCUUUUGAACACCAGCUCCCUGAGCUCCUGCAGCCUCUUCGUUGCUGCAUUUCCCUGUAGGUAUUGGCAGGCCUCCAAGGGUAUUUCUCCCUAUCUUUGUGCUGCAUUGAGCUAAAUCCACUCAUGAAUUCUCCAACAGUAUGAGCCUUUGAGCAGAGAAGAGGGAAGCCUUUUUAGAAGAUCCAGGUACCUGUAGUUGGACCUUUCAAGGCUUGCGGGGCGCAGAGACAGUGGCAGGAGGUGCUUUCAGCAGACAAACAAUAUUAAAAUUACCUGCAGUCAUUUUCUGCAGUGAGAUGUUUGUGUGGCUGUCUGGGCAGCUUCCCUGGUGGAACUGGUGUAUUUUUGCUUUUGUAUUUUUACAUGUGAAGGAGUCUCCUGUGCAAGGUCCAGUGGUGGUAGAAACAGCAACUGAAGGAAUAGUUUUGGGCUAAUGUGCUGACCAGAUCUUUAGGUCUUUCUCAUCUGAUCACAAGGUCUUUCUGAUCUUUUGGGUAACAUUUAAUAAGGGGAAUUUGUACUUCUUGUACCCCCUUUAUUUCCUUUCACUCAACAUUCUUCAUCAUUCUUGCUUCUAUUUUCCUAUUCUCAGACACUUCUCCAGUGUAAGUGCCAACUGGUAAGUCUUCCAUAGUUCUAAGUGAAUCUGACUGUAAAAUGAAAGGGAGGAGAGAUUACUGCAAUUCAUAACAUACGUUUUGGAUGCUAGAAUGACAGUGCAGUAGAUCAAAGUAUUUCUCAGAUCAAUGAGUAAGGAGAUGUUUCACAGCACACUAAUAUGUCAUGAACUAGAUGCUGAGGAUAUACAACAUUGAUCAUGGGAGUGCACACACUAGCAGUGAAUAUACAGGUACUUUUAGCAAGAGUUUACCUUCUCAGAAGUUCCUCUUCUUUUGAGAAGUGUGUCAGUAGAAAGUCACAAAGAAAAAUUAAAAUUAUUCUUUCUUAAUACGCACAAGCCCAAAUAAAAGUAAGGAGGGUUGGUGAAAAAAAUCUAUACAUUUACUAAACUUAAACUUGGACUUUAGGGGAAGUCUGGUCAUGAGAGACCUUAGCUCUUGUCGGGUAAAGUUUUCGUCUUGUCUUUAAAAGUAGACAAAAACACUGUUGUUGGGAAGAAAAGUUUGGUGGAGGAGAAGGAGUUAAAAAGAUGCAUCUUAAAACAAUUUUCUCUCUCAUGUCUUCAGCCUCUUUUUUAAAAAAAGCAACAACACAGUAGUGACUAUUUUGGGAGCUUUUCCCUUUGCUGUUCUGGUACUUCUCAUUGUUGUUGAGUUCUUUGCUUUCCCCUGUUUUACUCUGCAUUCACGUAGUCCUUCUCUAGCUAUUAUGGAAUAAGUUAAUAUAGUGGAAGCAUGAAAGGAGAAAGUGGGUGUGGCUCUAUGUUGAGAGCAAUAGUUGGAGAAGGCUUUCUUUAUAUGUCUCCUUGAAGUAAGUGUUGGCACCUUUUCAGUCUACUCUAGGUCACAGAAUUUGGUUUGGAAGUGAAUAGGAUGAAAUUUGGGCUUUUGACCAUAAAACUGUAUUUACUCGCUGUAGAAAAACGCAUUCUUCAUACUCUUCCCCUUGCUAGUCCCCAAACACACACACAGCGAGAUGUCCAGAGUGCCCGCGUGUCGACCACAUAGGCAUGUUGAACUUGGUCCAGUAAUGCUAAUGUUUAACCUGCUUUCUGUCGUUGUCAGCUGGUGCCCACGGAGAUGAACUCGGGAUAGGUAACGUUCCCAGAUACCCUCUGGAAAACUUUAACUUUGGUGCAGAUUGCUCUGAUGUAGCUAACUGCGAUGGCAUUGGCUUCUACCUUGGAGUGGACUGAUUUACCCUGAAAUGACUCUCUAACCUGCAUCUUAAACAGUGUAGUUGGUUCUGGUGCAAAUAGAUUAAUUCUGAAGUGAUGGACAUUUUGAUUCUCAUGCAAAAUAGCUACAUCCUACCAGAAGGGGUUGAACCAGUUUCUCUGAACAGUGAUGACCUUCACUGUACAGUUUUGGGUAUGUCUCAGGGAUUCCUUGUGGAAAUAAGGGCAGUUAACAAAAAAAAAAAAAAAAAAAAAAAAAAAAAAAAAAAAAAAAAAAAAAAAAAAAAAAAAAAAAAAGGAAAAAAGUAAAUAGUUUUAAAAGUAAAUAAUAAUUUAAGGUAGAGCGUCACCUAAGUGAGAGCGCAAGAAGGAGAAAUCUUUGUUCAGUUUUAUAGUCAACGAUGUCUGGCUUACGGACUCUUUCUCUUCUCGGGGCUCUCAUCUCAAGUUCAACAUACAGAAUCUUUUUCAUCACGCUCAGCUUUAAACUUUUUAUUUAAAGAUACCCUUCCCCAACAAGCUUUCAGAAUACUUAUUGUAGAUUUUAAGAGAAAUGGUAUAUUAAUUUAUGCUAUUAACAUCACCUCAUAAAUUAUAAGUUUUAUACUAAAGCUGUAUUGAGUGUAAUGAAUUAUGUUGCAUAUGUGUUUUUAAUAGCUAUAAAAUUAUAUACAAGCUUUUUUGGAAAAACAAACUAGUGAAGCACCUUUUUACACUGGAUCUUUGCCGUGUCAAGGUGUACAGCUAUUCUUUGCUACCUUGCAGAUAUCUAUAUCUAUAUAUAGAUAUAUAUAUAAAUAAAAUAAAAUGGUAUCCUGUAUCAACAAGUAUAGAACUCUUUUUAACCCUUAUAUUACUGUUCCUAUAACUCUUUUUAAAAUUUGAGUGUUACAUUCUGCAAUAAUUUAUCCGUGGUUUGUACCUAUGAUUAGAAAUUUAGUUACAGGGUAAAUAGAUCAAAUUUUAAAGAUCCAACUACUGUAGCUGGAAGUCGUGAACCAAGUUUGUAAGACCUUUUCUUUUUUUUAAUGUAUUUAUUUCCAGUUAGCUCUGUGAGUUGGAAUUUGAAAAGUUGGAACAUUAGGAAUCUACAGUGUCUUAUUCAGGAAUUUUCCCCCUCCUUUCCUCACAAAGGAAUUCCCACUGUGACUUAUAAAUAGAAUUAGACUGCUUGUGUGCAUGUAUGUAUUAUAUAUACACACAAAAAAUAUGCAUUGGGGGGGAUGUAUGUGCGAUACGAAUGUGUAUAUUGUAUGUAGGUCAUAGUUUUGUAAAGAGAAAAGUAGUUGAGAGGUGAUGGAAUGUAUUGUAGAAAUGUGAUUAUUUAGUAGGGGGUUGUUAUGUCCUCACUGUUGUAUAAAUAACUGAAACUCUCUACUAUAUAAUCUUCUGUUAUAAGGCUAACUCUGAUAUCAUGUCAAUUUUACUGUUUUUCAAAUGAGUUGCAUUGAGCCCUGUUUAAAAUGCCAUGAAAAUACCAAGCUCCCAAAGACAGCCUUUAAAUAAAACAAAGGGGGGAUGAGGAAUGAUGGGAGAAAUGAGUUUUUUGGGAGAAACUGAAUGGGAAGGUUUGCAUUUGGUGGGAUGGGGAGGCAUGAGAAUUGCUGUAUCUUUGCAAAUUAAUACCCGAAUCUCCUGUGGUCUAACUUGGAAAAUGUUGUCAAUCAGUGUACUUGUGUUUUCCAAUGAGGUUGUAAGGGGCACCGUUUGUGGAGUGGUCUCCAUUCCAUAAAAGGGUUUUGUCUUCAAAGUAGAUAUUUUUCUUUCAUGAGGAUCUUUGUGUAUAUCCAUUUUGCCCCAAAAUUGCUGUUGUGGGAUUGCAGAACAAAAAAAAAAACCAUGAAGUCCAGGGAGUUUCACUUGUGCUGUGAAAUU